AACGCCAUCCUUGUGUGCUUCCGAAACGAGACGUGAAGACAUGCCGCUGGUAUUCUUGGGGUUCUAAGUCUAGCGUGUGAAUUUAUAGAGCUUAUUCUUUUCUGUUUGUGUUUGCGAAAAGAGAAAUGGACGAUCUCUGGCGGGGCUUUUGGCAGGCGAUGAAUGAGGGAUCGGGCGAGGGACAAAGAGCGGGCGCGGGGUGGCUGCGAGUGCGUCAGUGGCGUUUGAGGUCAUCCUUGAGUCGCGCUGAGGCUGACUCACAUCCUGGCCAAGGUGCGACGCUCUCGCUCCUCUGACGUAAACAGUCUUGGCUCGGUGGCCGCCGCGGAAGCACUAGGAGGGAGCGCUCCUGCCGUCGGGUUACUUGCGGCGCGGUUGCCGUCAGAUGCGCAGCUCCUGCACGAAGGUCGACAUGAGCGGAGGAAGCAGGGUCGCCGCCGUCCUUCUGGCGUCAUGCCUGGUGGCGCUCAGUGGGCCCCUCGCGGGCUGUGAGGCAUCUCCCGCCGGCGCGGCCGAGGCCUCUGCAAGUCCCCUGCCGCGGGAUGUGUCUGCUGGGGAAGACCGAACGCCCCCCGAAGGUAGCGGGAGAGUGGCGAAGAGAGAAGUGCGAGCGGAGGGGGAACCCGCGAGUGAGUGCCUCGAAGUGGAAGUGUUGACCAAUAAGACGUAUCAGCCGAUCAGGCACAUCAUGCCGAAGCACUACAGCUUCUUCCUGCGGCCGCGGCCGGAGUUUAAAGACAUCAAGUUCAACAUGAUGAUCGACAACCUGUGGAACCUGGCGGGGCCGUACGAGAGCGCCGAGACCAUCGUGUUCUCGCUGGCCGACGUCGAGGAGGCGGCCGAGCGCCAGCGCUGGGUCGAGGUCACGGCCGACUACUUCAAGCACGAGGUGGUUAAUGGCCGCGACAAGCUCGGCCUCAGAGUGACCGUCGGGAACGUGACUCGCGAGAUGAUCUCCAGCCGCUGGUGGCGAACGCACAAGUUCGACGGGUUCCUGCUGUCCGCCCGGGGGCCCGCCACGCUGCUCUUCGACUGCCCGCCGCAGAAGGCGGCAGCCCCCGAGCCCGUGCGCCUCAUGAACACGCCCGUGCUGAUGGGCGGCAUCCUGGUACUGGCCUUCCUGCUGGUGGUCGUGCCCUGGGUGUGCUUCGUGUUCAGGAGGCGCGCCAACGCAGACCUCAACGAAGCCCCGGACGUCCCCCCGCUUCCCAAGUCUCUG